AUGUCAAACAUCUUUUUGCACCUUGUGGACCUAAUUUACGACCGCUAUCAGCAUAUCCUGUUCCUGGACCUCAACCGAAUUGCUAGUCGGCUGGAUGAGUUCUGCUCAGCCAUUUUAAACCGAGGUGCCAAAAUCGACAAUGUUUGGGGUUUCAUCGAUGGAACCGUGCGAGGGUGUUACCGUCCAAGUGGUGGCACUGAGCAACGAACCAUGUACAACGGCCACAAGCGGAAGCAUGCGAUCAAAUUCCAGACCGUGGUGACGCCGGAUGGCCUGAUAUCACAUGUCUUCGGGCCAAUUGAAGGGCGACGCCAUGACUUGACGCUUUUGCGCAAGUUUCGGGGGUACAUCAUCUACGGGGACCCAGCGUAUGGCCGUUCGGACCAAUUGGCUUCUCCGUUUUCCGGUGCUCGUCUGACAGAGGCGCAAAAGCAUGUCAAUGCGAGUAUGAGUCGCGUGCGGGUGAGUGUCGAGUGGUCGUUCCGGCCCAGCGUCAAAGCUCUACAAAGUUACCGUGCUGCUGACAAAUUGUGUUACUUGUGCACGCCAGCGUAA